ACGGAACGGAUUGGUGAAUGUCAAGGUCAUAUUCAUCGAGUGUAGCCGGGAAAAACCACCAAGAAUUGGCUGUCUGCUUUGUCGUAAAGACUGUAAUAGGUAUUUUAAUACCAUUAGAUAGAUUGUGAAGAAUGCCGUGUCUACUGAGUGAAGUUCCUAUCAUCAAAUCACACCCGAAGUCUUGUUCGGUGCAACUUGGUAAGGACUGUAAGUUAUUUUGUUAUGCCGUAGGAAAGAACCUUCGAUACCGAUGGUACAAAAGGUCUAGUGCUCUGGAUGGCGAGACAACCUCCGUGCUCCACAUAAGAAAAGCUGACGUCAGUGAUGCUGGAAAGUACUCAUGCAUUGUAGCCAAUGAUAAAGGAACUGUUGUUACCUGGGCAACUGUUGACGUAGUUUCAAUUAUUUCAUCCCCGAAGAUCAGAUGACACAAACUACUUGUACCUGUUUCUUACGUGACAUGCGUACAUACGCUCAAGAUUCGUUCUUUUGUUACGGACAUUUUAUACGCUUUCAGAAAUGCUGCGUGACAUUUCAUAUGCUUGAGUGACACAUUCUUUACAAGACACAACGAAAUUGAGCUGUUGAAUUGACAUUUUCUGUUCUUGUUAUGGUUGUCAUUAGUGACCACCAUAAAUUUUGCUAUUGCGGUACACAUCAUGCGUUAUUGAUAGAAUCAUAAUUGCGUGACAUAAUUGCCGUAGUUGGGCUUUGUCCUUUCCACUUACUGAUUAUCAUUUUCGUUGACGUUCUUCAUAACCGCCAUAAGUAUUUUGCACCUGAUAUUGCGUGG